AUGGUGAAUGCUUACUAUAUGUUUGAUACUAGUAUGAUUGAGACUCAAAAUGCCACUGACUGCAAAAAGUGUCCAGAAGACUCGUGGUCAGACAAGAAAAGGUUAAUCUGUAUCCUAAAGCAAGUAGAGUACCUGUCCUUCGAGGAUUCUUUGGGAGCAGUUCUGGCUGCCUUCUCCAUUGCAUUUGCUAUCUUUCCUGCAUGCAUACUUUGGAUAUUUAUUAAAUAUCGGGACACGCCAGUAGUGAAAGCAAACAACUGUAAUCUCAGCUACUUCCUCCUCAUAGCACUCAUUAUGUGCUUCCUCUGCUCCUUAAUAUUCAUUGGAAAACCUAAUGAUAUAAGCUGCUUAUUAAGGCAAUCUGUAUUUGGUGUAAUAUUUUCUGUUUGUAUCUCUUCUAUUCUAGCAAAAACAGUCAUUGUGUUUAUUGCAUUCAGUGUAAGAAGGCCAGGAGGAUACCAGCAGAAGUGGCUUGGAACAAAGACACCCGUUUUUAUUGGGCUUUGCUGUACCACUCUACAGGUUAUGAUAUGCACUGUUUGGGCCACAUUUUCAUCACCUUUUUCAGAAAAAAACACAAGUCUGUACAAUGAAAAAAUAGUAAUUGAAUGCAAUGAAGGGUCAGUAACCAUGUUUUUUUGCAUGCUGGGAUAUCUUGGGAUUCUGGCAAGUGUGUGCUUCAUAGUUGCUUUCUUAGUGCGAAAAUUACCAGACAGAUAUAAUGAAGCAAAAUUCAUCACAUUCAGUAUGAUAAUAUUUGUUAGUGUUUGGCUGUCUUUUAUACCAGCAUACCUAAGUACCAAAGGAAAAUAUCUGGUUGCUGUGGAAUUAUUUGCCAUCUUGUCUUCAGGGUUUGGGCUUCUGAGCUGCAUUUUUUUCCCGAAGUGUUAUAUUAUCAUGUUAAGACCAGAGUUAAAUACUAAAGAAUCUGCAACGGGAAGCUCACACUAA